UUCUCCCGUGCAGGUGAGGGCGGCCUGCAAAGCCUUCUGGGUAAUAUGAGCCACAACCAGCUGAUGCAGCUCAUCGGACCGACUGGACUGGGCGGGAUCGGGGGCCUCGGGGCCCUCGCUGGCCCAGGAUUGGCUAACCUGCUGGGCAGCAGCAGCUCCAGCAGCGUCCCUGCAGCCAGCAACUCCUCCACCAGCCCGUCCACAGCCGUCACCCCCACCUCCUCCUCAGCCUCCAGCCGCCUCGGCUCCGCCCAGGUUCCCACCAGCCCCAUCACUCCCGUCACCCCCACCAACACCUCCGUCACCUCCCCCACCGCCUCCUCCCCCGCUACCGCCGCCGGGACCCCCAACGCCUCGCAGCCCAUCCAGCUGAGGGACCUGCAGAGCAUCCUGGCCACCAUGAACGUCCCCUCGGGGGGGCAGGGAGUGGAUCUGUCCAGCGUGCUCACCCCGGAGGUCAUGGCUCCCAUCCUGUCUCACCCCGAGGUGCAGCAGCGUCUCUCUCCCUUCCUCCCCUCCGGAGAGUCUCUCCCUCAGAGCAGCGAGGAGCUGAACAACACUCUCAGCUCGCCUCAGUUCCAGCAGGCGAUGAGUAUGUUCAGCAGUGCGCUGGCCUCAGGUCAGUUAGGUCCUCUGAUGAAUCAGUUUGGUCUCCCUGCAGAAGCCGUGGACGCCGCCAACAAAGGAGACGUCGAAGCCUUUGCCAAAGCCAUGGAGACGGAGACAAAGUCGGACCAGGACGGAGACUCCAAGGACAAGAAGGACGACGACGAGGACAUGAGUCUGGACUGAGAGCUUAAUAUUAACGUAUUUAUUUAGCUGCUACAGCUGUUUUGUAACUAUUACACAUUAAGGAUGAAGAUCUAAGAUGAAUAUAGAAACUGUCGCUAAGACCCUCCCUCCCCCCGCCGAUUAAUAUAAACUGAACAGUUAUUAAACCUGCAUGACAACUGUACAUCCUGAGAAAUAAACUCUCUGCUGUGUGUUUA